AUGACAGCCAACACGACUCUUCCUCCGGUGGCGCCAGUCGCUACCGAGUCUGCAGUAAACAUGACGGAGCUACUUAUGAUUCGAGUAUUAGAGCUCAUGGAUGCAAAGUUGGGACAAGGAAUGUCUUUUUUGGAUAUCUUCAAAAACGGCGCCAAAGUUUUCUUGUUCAUCUUGUAUUGUAUCCAAUACAGUCGCACUAAGAAAAUUUGCGAGGUAAGCCUGCGAAAAAUCUUGAAUUAUUUACUAUACUCAAUUAAACUUUGAAAACUUUGUACGUAAAACGCGAAGAAAAUGAAGUCAAAUUGGGAAAAAAAGCGCCAAAGAAGAUAGUUAAAAAAAAAGAAAAGAACAGCGAAUUAGCUGACUCUUUUUCAAUAAUUGAAUGUAGAACUUCAAACUUCCAAGUUUUCAAAAAACAGUGAACUUGCGUCAAAAAUUGAUCGUUUGAAAAAUGAAUAAAAAAAAAGAUAUUUAGAGAAAAAGAAUUCCCUGAAAUGCUCAUUCUAGUGUUAAUUCUUAUUUCGAAACCCUUAAAAUAAAUUAAGGGCUCGAACCGUUACAUCCUUUCACAAAUCUACGUCGUCAACUUUCUCAACUUUUUCACAAAAAAUUUACCGAUGCUUAUAAUAUUGACAGUUGCUAAAAUAUCCUACGUUUUUAUUGCACCAAACCAAUACAGACCGACUCUAGUUUUAACCGUUCUAGCUGUCACUGCGUUUAUAGACAAGGUUAUACUGUUUCUAGAGAUAAGUCAAUUUAUAUCGUUUUUAGAUAUUCUUGUACCUUUAUGAAAGCGACAUUGUUGUUCUGUUGCUGUUGCUUCUGAGCUUUCAGCGUUCCAUGUUUUGGUUCAAAGAGGAUGUUGGAAAAAGAGCGAGGUCAGUUUACUACGAAAAUCGCAAAAAGAUGAUUUUUGAGAUUGUUUUCUCAAAACAUCCUGAUUCAAGAACAAAAACGUUUUCACGCCUUUAACGGUGUUAUAUGAUGCAUCAUAGACGCUAAAAACCUUAUUUUCUCCUAUUAUUUUCAACUUUGAGGCGUUGUAACUCGAAAAAAAAAAAGAAGAGGCGUAUAAUUCUCAGCGUUUGCUAGGGUAACUGAUCUCAAGAAAACAGGUCGACAAAUCUCAAUUUCCUUGCCCUUUCGCAUCAAACACACAAACUUGCAGAGUUUUGUUGAAACUCCUGACUUUGGCUGUUUGGGUGGUGGGUCUUUUUGGGAUCGCUAUGAUGUGGAGUGGGUGUGGGAACGAAUGUCCCAUCGGUUCUUUUCUCGAAAGGAAUUUCACUUGCGAUAAUGGCAAAGAAGCCUCGGUUUCAUGGCAUACCUAUGCGAUUGUGAGUUUCGAACCUUUUCUUCACGUCUAAAACAUAAAUUUCAAAGAAAAAAGUCAAAAUUCAGGCUCAUCUUUUGCUGCAGCUUUUCGUCCCGAUUGUGACUUUUGUUAUGUUUUUGAAAAUAGUGAAGGAUUGUCGGGUGAAUCAAAAGGAGGAGCUUCCGACUACAUACGAGCUCGUUAUCGGCUAUCAGCACUUGCCGUUGAUCAUAAUCACAGUUGUCAGUUUGAACGAUUUUGUUAAUCAAAUUAAAAAUAUCAGCUUCAAGUGGUUUGAAGUGUACUUUUCAAUCAUUUUUUUUCAAAAUUAUAAGUGGAAAAUUCCCUAUGAGAAAAUUGGAAAUAAAGUACAUGUUUUCAGGCGAAAUGGCUAGCCGUUGUGUCGACAUUGAUCAAAGUGACAAGCAUCCGUCCCGUUACUUCGUUUGUUCUUUGCCAAAACGACGAAAUCUACUCGAUCAUCAUUCCUUUAUCGUGUAUCCUCGUCAAAUUUAGCCAUUCCCAACGUUUCUACUUGUUCAAAAUCAUUUACAAAGGUGCCGUCAAAAAUUCAAACACACACUCGGUAGAAAGCGGUUGA